GCCGCUUGUUCCUGACGUCAUGUUUGGUUGAUGUUUAGUCAGAGUAGCCAUAAAUAGCUUCUUAUUUUUGUACACACUUCUAAAACAUUUAUUUAUUUACAUUCAUAGACUAGAUCUAACUCUGACUGGAGUUCGAUAGGAUAAGUUCUGGAUCUUAAGAACUCAAUUAAUAGAUCUAGAGAGAGCUAGCUUCUAGAUCUAGAUCUAGAUUAGGCCUACAUUUUUUAAAAUAAAAAUUAAUUUUAAAAAACCAUUUGGACUUUUUAUAAAAUCACCAGAUUCAAGAUUCUGAAGCAAAAAACGUAAAAUAGUAUAGUCUUUAAAAGUAAAACUAUCUAAUAUCUCAAGUCUUAACCUUUUUAAAAAAAUGGAUGAUAUGCUGUUUCAACUUAGAUUUACUGCCAAACAACUUGAAAGGUUGGCAAAAAAAGCAGAGAAGGACCAAAAAUUGCAACAUGCUAAAGUUAAAAAGGCUUUACAGCAAAAAAAUAUUGAGGGUGCCCAAAUCUAUGCAGAGAAUGCAAUCAGAAAGAAGAAUGAGGGCUUAAAUUAUUUACGGUUUGCUGCUAGAGUUGAUGCUGUCUCUGCUAAAGUACAGACAGGCCUUGCUAUGAAAAAUAUAACCAAAGAUAUAUCUGGUGUUUGCAAAGCUCUAGACAAAGCUAUGGCUUCGAUGAACUUGGAGAAAGUUGAACAAGUGAUGGAGAAGUUUGAGAAACAGUUUGAAGAUCUGGACGUCAGGACUUCAACUUUAGAAAAUUCAAUGGGGGCAGCAACCACUUUGUCAACUCCACAAGACCAAGUGGAGGCCCUAAUACAACAAGUAGCAGAUGAAAAUGGCUUAGAAAUUGUAGAUCAGAUAAAAGACUUGCAUGCACCCUCCACAUCCAUUCGAUCCUCUGCAGCCGGAGAAUCUAGUAAAGAGGAUGAUCUUUCUAGAAGACUUCAAGCAUUACGGAACUGAUAGUUUCUAUAGCUACCAUAUGAAUGUACUGUUUGUAACCGAAUGAAUGGGAUCUGGUUAAAAUAAAUUCUUUCUUUUGAGACAUUGCACAAUACUAGAAAAAAUAAUAUCUUGUAUUGUAUUUGUGAUUAAAAUAAAUACAAAAUGUGAAAAUCAUUUUAGCAGUGUAAGAAAUAGCCUGAGACUUUGCUUUAUUCUUUGAUUUUGGUAAAAUGUGUAGAAAUACUAGGUUUUUUGUUUUUCAACUUUUCCUUCUAAAGAAAUGAAAAUGCUAUUUUUUUGUCAUGAGAAGGUUGUUUCCAAAUAUAGCUAACACUGCUAAACGUUAUCAGACUACUUUAAGUCAAACCUAUUGCCAUGCAUGUUAUUCAUCUUUCCAAAUUGAUUUCAACUACAUACUGAAAGCAAAUAUGUUUAAAUUAACUGUUUAAACAGUUGUAAAUAUUAUUUUGCCUUAACAAUUUCUUGUUAAAGUGUCACUGUUUUGUUUAUCUGCCACCCUAGAAUAAUUCUGAAAAUGACACUAAAAGAAAUUGGUAGGCCACAUUGUGAAUUUUGUUGGCUCAUGUAGAGCUCAGACACCAGGAGAUAUCUGAUUGCCAGACCAAAUAACACUUUCUGCCAUCCUGUUGGUAACUUUCUAUUUCAAGAAUAAACUAUAAAUGUCUAAUUGAAGAUGUUUUCUUCUACAUUUCCAAUACUAUGCCCAUUCAUUUAAUUUCCCCCCUGAUUAAGCCUUAUAACAGGUGAUGUUUUACAAAGUUUUUAUGAAAUGCUUUAGCAAGAAAUAUGUAUCUAUGCUUGUACUUGUCACUAUAUUAAUGUUUUACCAGGAAAUGAGUUUUAUGCUGUGAUGCGUUGUAUAUAUCAUCAGUCAUUCAUUUUUGCCGUCUUGGUUGUAUGUGAUGAAGAUUUGUUCAUAAAAUUACUCAGUUUGACAAAAUGUUUUUAUUUUAAGCAUUGGAACUUGAAUAAGGGUUUAACUACAAUCAAAAUAAAAUUAGCUACUGCAUAUUAUUUGAAAACAGGACAUAAAUAAAUAGUAUUCUAUUACUUGCUUAAGUUGAAUCAUCAUAUUCUUAAUUAUACUCGGUAAAUUUCAAUAAUUAAACUUUCUUUUUAAUUA